UGGCUGCUCUCUCACCGGUGGCACUCACUGUACUGGAGGCAGAGGUGCAGCAGGAGUUUGGCCCACAUCCUCCAAACUCCAUCCAAACUCCAACCCAUUCCCACACUGACCCACCAGGGGAAGCCAGCUCCUCCGACUCCUGCCUCUGUCCAGAGGCCGACUCCUCACGACCUAUAGCAGGAAACAGCAGUUGAGAAUGGCUCGCUUGGGAGGACCCUCCUUCUUCCACAUAGUGGCAGGAGUCUUGCUGGCUACACUGAUGCUUUCAGAGUUCCUCCUGGCUGUACCGGUGACCCAGAGUUUGAAGGAAGAUGGUUCAGAAAAAGCAGGUUCUGCAGCAUCUUCUAAAAGGCUUUUACGCCGCAGAAGAAACAUCAGCUGGUACAAGCAGCACUCUGACUUCUGGAACUGGUACAAGUACUUCACUGACACUGGCAACCAGGAUGGCGUGGCAGAGCUGGAUCGUGUGUAUCUCGCAUACUUGCAGAACAAGAAUCGAGCUGAGGCCCGCAGCUCCUAUAAGCUCUACUUGCAGCACCUGGGAGACAUCUACAAGUCCUGUGCUGAGACUGACGACCCCAACUGUGUGGCUUCCUACAUGAGCAGACAGAAUCCCAAGGCCGAACCCCCUAAACCUGCACCCGUCAAGUCCUGCGAUCCUUACAGGGAUCCAUAUUGCCUGUAUUCCCUAGGAUACACUCAUUACCCAUACCCUGCUUCCGUGAAGUCUCCUGCCCCUGUGAAGGUGCCUGUCCCUGCACCACUUAAGACCCCUGCUUACAUCCGCACCCCUGUCGUGAAGGACCCCCGCUCGGGCUACUACUACUACUCAUCAAUGCUGCAACCCUUCCUGUCUGCUGAGCAGAAGAAUGAGCUGCUGCGCAUCUGUGAUGCCGAAGACGUAGAAUGCUUGCAGUACCACUUGCGAGCGGCCUAUGGCUACAAAGCUGCCGUGGCACCUCACCCAUCCUAUGCCCAUCUGGGUUGUGACCCCAAGAGUGACCCGCACUGCAGACCCCAGCUUGUGCAGAAGACACCUGCUGGUCUGUAUCUUCGGUACCCUCACUGUGAUCCCCGUGACCCAUACUGUGCCUAUGCUGCCUCUCUGGCAGCUGCUCAGAACUUGGAGGCACCUUCUCCUCCAGCUCCCCUCGAGAGGCCCUGCAACCCUCUUUAUGAAGAGAACUGCAACCCCCUGACAGCUAUCAAGUACGGCAGCUUAGCCUCUGAUGAGCCUAAAGACGAGCCGACUCCAGCAGCCAGCGCUAUGCGUGCUCCACCCAGCCCCCGUUUUGAUGCCUUAGCCAUGUACCAGGAUGCUGCAUCUGCUGCUGCCUUGCGUAGAGGGCCACCUGCUCCUCACCAGCCCCAGGUACACUUCCCUCCUCCCCCCAGCAUGGAGGAGAACCGCCACCCUCUGGGACCCCCGGGCAAGACCAAGGAGGGCUAUGACUGCUUCAUUGGCUAUGAUGAAGAAUGCUAUCCAGUUGGAACCCAGAGCAACCGCCCUGGUCCACAAAGGCAGGUCCCCCUUCGCCGUGAACCUUACGAGCCCCACAUUAACGCAGAUGGCUCCAGAAAUGGCGUGAUCGAGCCUGAUCCCGAUUGCGACCCAGAAUACGACAGCAACUGCCGUCUGCGCCGUUACGACCCCGCGUCUGAAGACCAACUGAUGCCCGUUUCCCGCUAUGAGCCACGUGAACAUCAGCCUGCUCAGGAACGCAGGGAGGAGCCAGUCCACCACGAUGAGGUUCCCCAGCAUCGCGAGGACACCUACCGUGACCAGCAGCCAGAAAACCCAGGCUACGAUCAGCAGCAGUAUGACGCUUACAUGAGCGGUCAGGAGGACCCCUACGCCAGCUUCACUCCACAGGAGCCAGGCGCAGUCAACUUCCAGGACAUGCUGAGAAAUUACGGAGGCCGCUACCCUGGGCAGGAUGACCAUCGGGCCUACACAGGAGACUACAAAAAGAAAUGAGAAGCACAAACGUCAAUGAAAAAGUCAGCGUAUGGCUGUAGUAAAUAGGUAUUAAAAUGUACACUGAUCGAAAAAUGUACAUCUGAAAUUAAGCCAUAAUAACAGGGGGGCAGGCGGGCGGGUCUUUGUCUAAUAUAACAGUGUUCAGGAGCUCUUACCAAGACUUGUUGUUUGACAGCACUUGUACAGGAUUUUUUUUCUUCGUCUACUUGGAUGAUCUACUUGAUUUCUCAUGCUAAUUAAGUGAGGGAAAGAUGUUACUACAAGAUUAAGGAGAGAGAUAUAGUACAUCCCGAUUCCAUUUUCUGAUUAAAGCAUGUUAAAUCCCUCUCAGUGUAUCAUGCUAAUGCUAAUGGUACAGUAUGUGUUGUGUAUCAGAAUAUACUGCAAUUGUCACCUUCUAUUGCAGGGGUGUAUGGUCUUAUCCACUAAGGGCUUUAAUGGCUGCAGAUUUGUUUGCAGAGUUGUUUGACUUAUGGGUUAUCAGUUGACUAAUCAAUGGAUUCAACAAGUGGAAUCUGGUAUGGAAUCAGGUUUGGUGCUGAUCCUUUAGAAUAAAAACCUGCACUCAAGCCGACCUGGCCCUGGGUGAAUAGGAUUAAACACCCCUAAUCUCUUGUCUUUCUCUCUUUUUUUCUCUCUUUAUUCAAUUUUCUUUUUUUAACCUUUGUAUUGUAUUUUGCAACCAGAUGGCGUUCACUCAGAAGAAUAUUUAAUUCAUCAGUUUCCAAACCUAUGCUUAGUCAUACACUUUUAAUUCUCAGUUGCUCUUUAUUUUUUUUUUUUUUAAUGGAACAUUUCUCUCUCUGAAUGUCUGAAAUAAAAAGCGUUAAAAUCCAA